CAUUUGCUCCACUAUAAAAGUGAAAAAUACUGAGACAAUAAACUAAAAGAAAUAAGAAGGUCCCUCUACAAAAUUAUCUAACCCAGGGAGGCGAUUAUUGUGGAGAUGUCAGUGUGGCCGGGGGUCUGAGCUUGUCUAAAAAAAACGAGCCUACCCAGAUUUGUAAAGGUAGAAUAAACAUGAUGGCAGCUCACAAGGAAAAGAGAGCUAUUCAAACAUCUGGAAAAAAUUUUAAGAGUUUAUCAAGUUGGAUUAAGAAAUACGCGAAAUUAAAUCAAUUAUCUGAGUUAUUAUCAUACUUGACUGAUCCCAAAAAGUUGGCACUUAUUGCUGGAGUAUUUGUGAUAGUGGAAAUUGUUUUGAACAUCCUAGUAAUUCAUAAUGUUUCCUAUACAGAGAUUGAUUGGAGAGCUUAUAUGCAACAGGUUGAAGGAUUUCUUAAUGGAACGCUAAAUUAUGCUAAAUUAAAAGGAGAUACUGGGCCGUUAGUGUAUCCAGCUGGUUUUGUUUACAUUUAUACAAUUCUCUAUUACUUUACAUCUCAUGGAGAAGACAUCAGAGCAGGCCAAUAUGUGUUUGCUUUACUCUACAUUACAUUAUUAAUUCAAGUGUUCCGUAUUUAUGCCAAAACGAAAAAAGUACCUCCUUAUGUACUAAUUUUAAUCUUUUGUACAUCAUACCGAGUCCAUUCAAUAUUUGUACUGAGAUUGUUCAAUGAUUCUAUUGCUAUGAUAUUUUUAUUUGCAAGUUUAAAUGCUUUUCUAGAUGACCGAUGGUUUUGGGGAAGUGUGAUGUAUAGUUUAGCUGUGUCAGUGAAAAUGAACAUAUUACUAUUUGCUCCAGCAUUACUGAUAGCGUAUUUAUGCAAUCUAGGAUUAUUAAAAACAAUGUUUCAUUUAGCAGUUUGUGGCACUGUUCAAGUGAUAUUAGGACUGCCAUUUUUAUUGACAAAUCCUUAUUCUUAUAUAGCAGCAGCAUUUAAUUUUGGACGCGUUUUUGAAUAUAAAUGGACUGUAAAUUGGAGAAUUAUUCCUGAAGAAAUCUUUCUUAAUUCUACGUUUCAUGUAGCUCUAUUAUGUUUACACCUGGCAUCAAUUGUCUACUUCAUUCCCAGCUGGAUGACUUACAUGCGAUGUUAUGCUAAAUUAAAAAUGAUUGGUAAAGAAUUAAAGUCUCAAAUGAAGAAAGAUACUCAAGUCGAUAUGUCGACUCUCAGUCAGUUAUUUAUUGGACCAUUAUUUGCUUCCAAUUUUCUUGGAAUGGUUUUUAGUCGAUCUUUACAUUACCAAUUUUAUCUUUGGUACUAUCAUACUCUUCCUUAUAUUGCAUGGUGCACACAUUAUUUACCUGUUACAAGAAUUGUUAUUUUGGGAAUUAUUGAAUUGUGUUGGAAUGUAUAUCCAAGUACUGUUUGGAGUAGUGCAGGUUUGCAUAUGUGUCAUUUGAUGCUGUUAUAUGGAUUACAUAAAAAUAAAGCGAAAAAUCAAAAAUUUGAUUAAAUAUCCAGCUGCAAUAAAAUUCGAAUAUGAAAAUCGAAUUAAAAAAUACUAUUAUCAUCAACAGUAGUUGACUGUACGACUUUUUUUGAAUAUAUGUAUACAAUAUCUAUUAAAUAUAAUUAACCAUGUAAAUAAAUGAAUUUUUUAUCGAAUUCAUCAUCAAACUUUUACUAGUAUAUAAGAUAUAAAAUGUUUUAAAU